UUUAGUAUGGUACAAGGAUAUAUCAAUAGUCAUAAUAUAAAGUUAUAUAAAUUCUAAGCUACAUAAUUUAUUUGUAAAUAAUAAUUUAUCGACGAGUAAGGUAUUUGAUUAGCGCGGGGGAAUCGUGGCUGCGUCAGCGCGCAAAGGUUGGCAGCAGUGCCAGUAACCGCUAGAGUUUUACAAAAGGCUACAAAUAAUUUUCGGGUAGUGGCUUUGUGAGUGACAUCGUAACCUUCCUGACGCGCGAUUAACCCCGGGGGUUGUUUGCGUGUUUAUCAGUGAUUUACCAAGGUCGUCCCGAUUAAAUUCGUGAUCUGAACACUGCCGAGCAGACGUAUGAAUUAGUUUAGUGUUAACCGUGUUAGUGUAGAGGUUGCUCGCUUGUGCCGGGUUUAUCGUUGCAUCCUCGUUGACGAGAAUUUCAUCUGGCGAUGGGAAACUUUCAUACCUGCGGUCCAAACGAAGCCCUCGUCGUAUCAGGAGGAUGUUGCGGGUCGAUGAAGAAGAGGACCAUCGUCGGGGGCUACGCCUUCACUUGGUGGUUCGUCACCGACGUGCAGCGACUCUCCCUCGAGGUGAUGACCCUGAACCCCGUCUGCGAGAACGUCGAGACCGCCCAAGGUGUACCAUUGAGCGUCACUGGGGUGGCACAGUGUAAAAUCAUGAAAGCGGACGAACUUCUGCACACUGCCAGCGAACAGUUCCUCGGGAAAAGCGUCUACGAGAUCAAAUCGACGAUCCUCUCCACCCUGGAAGGUCACCUACGCGCGAUACUGGGCACGCUGUCGGUGGAGGAGGUGUACAAAGAUCGAGAUCAAUUCGCGACGCUAGUGAGGGAGGUAGCCGCACCGGACGUGGGCCGGAUGGGCAUCGAGAUCCUGUCGUUCACCAUAAAGGACGUUUACGACAACGUUCAAUACUUGGCAUCGCUUGGCAAGGCGCAAACGGCUGCGGUUAAACGAGACGCCGACGUAGGCGUCGCAGAGGCGAACCGCGACGCUGGUAUUCGGGAAGCGGAGUGCGAAAAAGCGGCGAUGGAUAUUAAAUAUAACACCGACACGAAGAUAGAGGACAACGCCAGAUUGUAUCAGCUGCAGAAAGCAAAUUUCGACCAGGAAGUCAACACGGCGAAAGCAGAGGCUCAGCUGGCGUACGAGCUCCAAGCGGCGAAGAUAAGGCAACGGAUACGAAACGAGGAGAUACAGAUAGAGGUGGUCGAGAGGCGCAAGCAGAUCGAGGUGGAGGAGCAGGAAGUACGACGAAAGGAACACGAACUUCAUAGCACCGUCCGGUUACCCGCGGAAGCCGAACAUUACAAAAUGGGCGUAGUGGCCGAAGGAAAGAAAACGCAAACCGUGAACGCUGCCGUAGCCGAGGCUGAAAGAAUUCGAUUGAUCGGCAAAGCCGAAGCUCAGGCUCUCGAGAUAGUGGGAAUGUCGGAAGCGGAACGUAUGCGGUUGAAAGCGGCUGUCUAUAAGAAAUACGGAGACGCUGCCAUUCUGAACAUCGCGCUCAACGCUCUGCCCAAGAUUGCAGCGGAGGUGGCAGCGCCGUUGGCAAGAACCGAAGAAAUCGUUCUCCUCGGCGGUAGCGACGCGACCAGCGGAGAACUCACGCGCCUUGUGGGGCAAGUACCUCCAGCUGUUCAAGCACUGACCGGUGUAGAUAUUUCAAAAGUGUUGAGCAAGAUACCGGGAGCUAAGUAAUAGUGGACGAAGAUGCGACAGGACAGAACGGCGACUAGGCGAUCGGACACUCUUGAAUCGGCUGAAUAAUGGAGCGAAACACUAUACUGCCAAAAAGUUUCUCCGCGACUCUAUCAUCCAAUCAGUGACACUCCACAUUCGUUCUAUCCCCCGAAUUACUCUACCUCAGACAUGAAUCAAGCGAGGCUGAACACAUCCGGAUCGAUCGAGCCACCGGCACGAGCAGCAGACGCGUUACCGAUUCGCGGGGCCCUAUCCACGCCGGAUCGCUCGCAACGCACAUUAAACUUCAUUGAAUCUUCAUCAUCGUUCCCAAGCACGUUUCUUUUCUUUCCAAGCAAUCUACCGAAGAUUCUACCAAGAUUUUUCACAGCCUGAACGUUUCUAACGACGCGACCCUUUAACGUAGAGGACGAGAAGGAAAGAGGCAAAUCGGUGCGAGCAACGUGGGGAGACGAUCAUCGGGUACGUACAGAACGUAUUCCAGGUUUAGUCGAUUUUCGCGGAUCUAUUGUGAUGAACGAUGCUCGAUCAUUGUGUUCAAUCUCGCGAAUAAGGAAAACGAGAAAGGGUAAAAAAAAAAAAAAUCUAUGUUCGUGCGGAGUAGACGCGUGGACGUUAGGUAUACGUAGUCGUGUACAUAUACUCAUAGCAAUGUGUGUAUCAUAGAAUCUGAAGUUUCUAUCUCGCUUAGACCGUGGCGCGGUGAACGAGGAGCCCGAUUAAAAUUAUACAAGUCUAUAUUUCUAUUCGGAAUACUCGGUGUCAAAUCGAAGAUGCGAUUGAACUUUCUAUUAGGAGAGCAAUAAAACGACGUUUCCAUCGUGUUUAUUCGAUUAACAGAAUGUGAAUCGUCGGACCCUCGUUCGAUCGCGUUUAAUAGGAUUCUCUCGGUUGACCACGCAUCGGAAUCAGAGCCAUAAAAUGUCCAAAACGACGACGGAAGUGCCAAUCAUGUAAAUAACAGAGCGCCAACGUUAUACCAGAAACGGAUUUAAUAUGAUAAAUCAAUCUCUUCUGUUGCGUAAACGAGCAUUCUGUUGUUCCGCACUUGUUUCCUCACUCGGUUCGCGACCAACGCUCGCAUGCACGAUUAUAGCUUCGCCGUUGUCCCAAGAUUGUCAUAAUUGUUUCACCUGACGAUAUUUCACUGACGAAUUAAGGAUGUAUUGGCUAUACAUUCAAUUCCAAAAGUUUAUGCACUUUAGAAACACAUUUUUU